AUGGCUCCUCUUCUCGCCCCCUACAACAGUUCCAUGAGACUUGGUUCUGGAUUCAAUUCCUACACGCAACAGCUCUGCGUCGACGAUGCUGUGACCAAGGAAGCCAAAGAUAUUCCUGUGCCUACACGACCAAAAGAUGGCGUCGCGCAGUCUGUUGUCUUCAAAACGAGCAUCAUCGACAAAAUGUCGGACAUUACUGAUGCUCUCAAUAUCAGCGGAGCCCUGACGAUCAAAUACAACAACCUCAUCGACGGCACCGGCAAAGGCACCUUUAUCAACUCAAACAAAAUCAAAGAAUCCGACAUCAACUUUCUCAUCAGUGUCAAGGUGAUCAACCAGACGGUCACUGAUAAUGGAUUGACCAAGUUUACGCCAAUUGAGAAUUUGGAUUCGUCUGCUGAGUUUACUCGGAUUUAUGGGGAUUCUUUUAUCUCAGGCUUCCAGGAAGGAGGCGAGUUCAAUGCGGUGGUCUCCAUCAAAGUCAAGGAUAGGAAUCAAAAAGAGAAUAUCAAGGCAGAUGCGGCCGUCGCUCUGACCACCCCGGCAUUCGGAAGCAAAAAAGCAGCCAAGAAGGACCAGAAGCCUGCAAAGAAUUCUGCAGAGUCAGCGAAGACGAAAGAGGAGGGAGAACAGACUCCAGAGAAGCCCAAAGAUGAGGAUGACCAGGAACAAGGUGACCAGGAGGACGAAGAAGACAAAGACGAAGCAGACCCCAAUCCAGACAGUCCGGCUGGACUCGUCCUCAAAGGCAACGCCCAGGUCAACAAGAAUCACCAGGAUAUCUUCCAGGAGAACGAAACCACCAUUUCCGUAGCCGACGACGAUUGGAACAUCGCCAACCUACGAAAAGCAGCUCUGCGCUUCCCAUCUCUGGUGGCCAAAACACCUGUCCGCACUCACGCCGUUCUGACCAAGUAUACAUCUCUCAAAAGCUUUUAUGCCAAGGGCACCGAUGGCAAAACAAAUAAGGCUCCGCUGUCGUAUGAGAAUGCGGGUGUCUAUACGGCCAUCUUGCAGGACACGUUUCUAGACUAUAAGAAUAUCUACAAACAUGCUCGGCUUUUGGAGGCGGAUGUUGAUGAGGGAACAAAGACACUCAAACAGAGUACAUUCAGCGAAACACCAGAGGCCCCUGAAGGUCAUGUUAAAAAGCCUUUCCCUGCUACCCUGACUGGUCUGGAAUCGGCCAAAUUGUCUAUCCGGAAGAUGAUGAAUGCGAUUGUGAAAGAGGUCGACGAAAUCACCAAGAAGCCUGAACUGGCCAGUGGAGAUCGUGAUCUGCCUUGUCAGAGUCCGGUUAUUUUCAAGCAAUAUCUUCCAGUAAGUAUCUGA